UUCAAGUUUACCAACUUUGGCUUCUAAAGAGUACGUUACUUUUAUUGAUCCUCUUGAAAAUUCUUUGUCGUAUGAAAAUGACUCAUCUUCAGGUGUGACUUCCACCCAUCACAAGGCUCCUAUCUUUUGUGCUCCUUGUGCAGACAACAGCAGCACUUUGCUGCCACUUGUGCUGCCUUCAACUGCAACAACGUCUUCCACGCCUGCUGCUUCUUCUCAGCUAUCCUCCCCUGCGAUGGCAUCAAAAGUCAUACCUCCGCCACCUCCUUCAACCUCUUAA